AUGGCCACUCAUCUCAACUUUGUCACUCUCGACGUUUUCACCACCACGCCGUUCAAGGGCAACCCCCUGGGCGUCGUCCACCUUUCUCCAAAGAUCCCGAUCUCCCAAGCCCAGAAGCAGGCCAUCGCCCGAGAAUUCAACCUCUCAGAGACAGUUUUCAUCCACGAUGUCGACCCAAGCAACGAUCUCGAUCCGCACACCCGUCGCAUCGACAUUUUCACGACGACCCAGGAACUCCCCUUUGCCGGCCAUCCCACCAUCGGCACGGCCAGCUACCUUCAGACGCAGGGGAUCAACAAGCUGAUCACCAAGGCCGGCCCCAUUGCCAUCCGCUCUGAUGCAGAAGAAGGCCUGGUGAGCGCUGCUAUUCCGCACGACACCCAUCUCAACUCGAAAGUCCUCGGCGACAUUGAGUCGACCCUCCGUGCGGGCAACGUGCACCCCACGCCCGAGAUCCGCUCUGCAGAGCUCCACGCCCCGAUUUUCAGCAUCGUUAAGGGCAUGACCUUUGCUCUGGUCUCCCUCCCGAGUCUGGAUCUGUUAUCUCAGGUCUACCCAGGCGCUUUCCCUUGUGCGGUGAGCGACCUUGUCGAUGUAGAGUGGAGUGAGACAUUCAUUGGUCGGUACUAUUACGUAGUUAUGGGAACGAGUGUCUCAGACUCUGGGGUAAGGACGGUUCAAUUAAGGACGAGGAUGAUGGAGAAUCAAAUGGAAGAUCCAGCUACCGGGUCGGCGGCGUGUGCAUUGACAAGCUAUCUUGCACUUCACAAGUAUAGUGAGACAAGGAUCCAGUUCCAAGUAACGCAGGGCGUUGAAAUGGGGCGGCAGAGUGAUAUUGCAGUCGAGGUUAGCGUUGAUGUCGGAAAAGAUGGGGUGAGGAGGGUGAGGGAGGUACAGCUGGGGGGGAAGGCCAGACAGAUUAUGCAGGGAAGUAUACUCGUACCUGUUUAG